GAUGCGGUCGCGCUAAACGUCCUAAGGCUUAUCUCAGUAUUAAGCGGUCGGGUGCAAGUAACAAAACGGCAAGUAGCUUCUACGUUGAGCUUUGCCGCUCUUACAUUAAAAAUUUUGCUUUUUUAUCCUGAUUCCGGUGUCAGGCGUUCGCCUAUAUGACUUGCAUUCCCGGUUGGUUUUGCCCUCCAGUCCGAUUGCACUUGGAACGUCAAAAUCACGCAUGUACGUCUCCGUACUCCUCUUGCCCCCUCUAACCCAUUUCUUCGCGUCCUCCUCGGUAAUCAAGUCCCUUAUGGCUUCGCCGAAUUUCUCUCAAUGUGCCGAGUGCGGUGGGGGGUGUGAAAGCUCCUCCGAUCUCCUUACCCCCCCACAAAGGAUGUAUCAGUACUUCGCCGCAACUCGCUAACCUCCCCUAGUGUCCCGUGCCUUCUUUCAAUCUUUUUGCUGCCUUGUCGACCGGAUCGGGUACAAUGUGAGGCGCCCCAUGUGAGGCGGACUCCCCAUACCUCGAGUUCUUUACCCUUGACAAGCGAGUGUCAUCUUUUGUUACCCUCUCCUGUUCUGGGGUUCGUAGGCCAGCCGAUAGAGUGCUCUAAGCCUGUCCUUUCUUUCCUUCAUCGUGUUCUCAAGUCAUUCGGUGGUACUCUGGUCUACUCUGUAUCUCUACGCUCGCCGACCUUACCGCCGCGAGAUAAAGAACAGUCCCGUGGUUCCUCUCUGUGUUACAUUGGAGCGGCAGUACCCAUAGGGGCACCGGCCGCCCGGUUACUUCUAUGUGCAUUACAAUCGGCCACUCCAGCUUUACUUCUCUCCUUGUAAUGACACUCUACCGGUCUUACCCCUAUCCUCCAUCUCUCUCUCUAUCUGCCCAGAUGUGAGUCUUCCUUUUCCUUUCUCUCACCCCACAUUCUUUCCGGUUCACUUUUCAUCACCUCGCCACCCUCUCUCUUUCUCUCUCACCCACUUCUUUCUCCAUGUGUGUUUCUGUCUAAUUUAGGUGACUUCGGGCGAUGAAGGAAUACUGGAUAGUAAAGUAAUCCUUCUACCCCCCCCCCCCCCCAUAAAAAAAAAGUGGUUGUCCCCACUGGCUCUCAUAAGUUGUGCCCCUAUUAUGUGUAAGUCUGCUUCUGGCUAAGAUAGCGUUCUUGCUAAAUGUGAUGUACAUGUUAAUCAAAAUAAACAAUGGCAGAGUCCCAUAAAUAUGGAUUAGAUUAGCCUAGCAUGCUGCACCUUCGACGCUCCUGCAUCUCCCAGUGUCGUUUCUCCGCCUUCCGUGGCUCACCAUUUGGUGUCCACGCAUUAUUUGUGCCACUGUAAUUAUACUUCUAUCAUUCCUGUGUAUCUUUAUCUCAGACACAGCAUCAUAUUUGUUAAGUCAUUUUUCACUAUGCGCAUCAACCACAUGCGACUAACCAGCCUAGCCCAUAAUGUAUGUUGUGUCUACAUUCCACAUUAUGCAUUAUGAUACAGUUGUAAUGCAUUUUAAGACUUGUCAUGAGCAUCAUGAGCCGCUCAACGUCUUAUCAUAUGAUUACUUCAUGACCGCAAUACCAGCCAUUUGAGCCGGUGCCACGAUGCUCAGUUGAAACUGUGUACAGAGGGCAUAACAAUGUUGUAAACCUUCAUAAUAAGACAUUAUAAAGGCUGAUGCAUGCUUAUAACGAGUUAACAAGCAUUAUACCUGAGGUGUGGAUUUGGGAAGUCUCACUUUUUUCAGCCUGCAAAACUUUGCGACUGGUUAAAUUAUACCAGGACGUUGCGGAUCACUUGUUCUCUGCAGGAAGUAGGUGCCCGUUUUUUAAUGUUCUCGCUGUUGGAGCUAGAGGCGGUACGGGACAUUGGCUAACACGCUAAGUCACAACAGCUACAAUUACCGGUCCGCUCACAGGCUGUGCUUCCUUUUCAAUCAGCUGCUAUGUGCCACGUUUCCUGCUCCAAUGUGUUUAGUCAAUCCAUGAUUGAGUUAGGUUAGUCAUGACCGACUAUGUUUGAAUGUUGCCACGUCUUACCUUGUAUAUGUCUUCCUCUCUCGUACGCGACGCGUCUCUCUGUUACGAUCUCAGGUCCACUCAUUCUCUUCUCUCUUAAGUCUUCCCGCCUCUCUCCGUCUGCAUUCUCUCUCUUCCCUCCUAUCACCGUAUACCUCUCAUAUGCUCUCGUCUACUUCUCAUCAAUCAUGAUCCGGAGCCCUUAUCCUCAUCUCUCGUCAUCUCCUCAGUGUCUUCCUGCCUAUGAUUCAGGCCUCAUGACUGCUCGUCUCUCCUCUUCGAUUACAAUUGAUUAGAUCUCUCCCUCUCCUGCUGCCUCUCUCUCUCUACUCUCCUCUCCUUCUUUUCUCUUCGGCUUCUUCUCCUCUCGUCUCUCGCAUCCAAAGGUCUCUCUCCGUCUCUCCUCAUACAGAUUGUUAGAGCCCUUAGUCAUGACUGUUAGUUAGUUAGACACAAGUGACCAACUCUGCUUAACUUGUGUGUGUUCUCUCUCUCCCUCCUUCUGUCUCUCAUCCAUCCAUCCGUCAGGGUGUCUGUGUGUGACGAGGACAAGCUGACGCAUAACGAGUUCAUCGGAGAGUCACGGGUGGCCCUGCGCCGCGUGAAGCCCGACCAAACCAAGCGCUUCAACAUUUGUCUGGAACACCCACCGCCUGUGAGGGAGAGGGGGAUGAGGGGGAGGGAGGGCUGGAGGGGGGAUGGAGUUCACUUUAUUGGACUUGUUCAGUAAUUUCUCUCACAUCAUAAGUUCUUCUUCUUGAGUCAUCUCUUCCCCAUACACUGCCGUACAAAGGGACAAAUAAGCAAAGCUUUAGUAGGAGCAACAUAGCUGGCGCAGUGGGUACUAGAAGUAGGCCUAAAAUCAGGGGGAUGGGGAAACGUAGAUAGCGAGGAUAGAGAGAACGCACGAAAGUGCAGACAGAGAAUGGAGCGCGGAACAAUAAAAGCAGACAGAUAACGGAAUGAAGAAAAGCGAGAAAAAACAUGUGUAGUCUGGGGAUGGAAGUGCAGAAAACGCUAGAUGACGACUAGAACGAGUCCGUGAGGGGGAGCCAGUACGAGGGAUCGCAGGAAGACGUAAAGGGUAUAACAUGAUAUGAGUCAUGGUGAAAGGCCCGAAGCCGGGGUGAGAGUAGAGUGUUAAGAAUAAGAUGGAAAAGAGAGACAAAACAAAGCCAACAGAACCAAGUCAAAACAUGUUAAAAUGUCAGAUUCAAACCACCAGCGAUGAGAAGAUAGAUACAGGCAGAUUAGAAUAAAAAGGGAUAAGGGAGUGAGCAUUAUUUAUAAUAAGGGUUACAAGAAGAAAUCGGACCUCUCUGAAAAUUGAUGGCCCUCUCUUCAGCAAAAUAUAUUUUACCUAAACCCUCCCGUAACGCUUGAAAAAAAAAAAACUAUGCUAAACCCAAAAUAAUAAUUAAUACAAAGUGUAAACCUUUUUACAUAUUAGCAUAAUAUUUUUUAAUACCACACAAAUUAUGGAAAUUACAGGCUAAGAAUGGCCUAUGUGUUCAUCUUAUCAUAUUUCUCCAAUGCCAAAUCAGUGUGUCUUGUUUGCAACGAAAUUGUCCCUGUUUCCAAAUAAUUCAAUCUGAAACGUCGUUAGGAAUCUGAGCAUGGUACUUUAAAAAGAUAGGCCUAACUUUCCACCCCAUACAGAGUAUGCCUACCGAUGCAGAUAAAUGUAAGCUUUAACUGCUGGCUACUCUUCUUCAGUCGCUUAACCCAAUGAGAGAAGGCCACAAGUGUUUCCCUAAAAGCUGUCUGGGUUUAAACAUCUUCUUUUGUACAGAAAGUGAAUAGCUUCAUCAAUUGAUCGUGACAGAAUUAGAUUACUUCCCAAGCAAAGUCAAAUGUUUUUGUCUCCUCGGCUAUAGAAGGUUGUAGCUCAGCCUCUGAAUGUCAAAGAAACGAAACAAUGAUAUCCCCAUAUGCAUCGGAGUCACAUCUUUCCCGGGUUUGUACAGUUUGUUUCUAGAAUAAGCAUUGCGACAAAGUGCUGUUUUGUAGAUCACUUUAUCUAUCCGAAUAAAAAUGAGUAUGCCAAUGACCACUUGAAGAUGGAAAUAUGUUUAUUGUGAAACCAAACAAGAAAUAAGACAGAAAAACAUCAAACUUGGCAUGCAUAACUAUUCACCCCAUCAAAGUCAAUACUUUGUAGAGCCACCUUUUGCAGCAAUUACAGCUGCAAGUCUCUUGGGGUAUGUCUCUAUAAGCUUGGCACAUCGAGCCGCUGGGAUUUUUGCCCAUUCUUCAAGGUAAAACGGCUCCAGCUCCUUCAAGUUGGAUGGGUUCCGCUGGUGUACAGCAAUCUUUAAGUCAUACCACAGAUUCUCAAUUGGAUUGAGGUCUGGGCUUUGGCUAGGCCAUUCCAAGACAUUUAAAUGUUUCCCCUUAAACCACUCGAAUGUUGCUUUAGCAGUAUGCUUAGGGUCAUUGUCCUGCUGGAAGGUGAACCUUCGUCCCAGUCUCAAAUCUCUGGAAGACUGAAACAGGUUUCCCUCAAGAAUUUCCCUGUAUUUAGCGCCAUCCAUCAUUCCUUCAAUUCGGACCAGUUUCCCAGUCCCUGCCAAUGAAAAACAUCCCCACAGCAUGAUGCUGCCACCACCAUGCUUCACUGUGGGGAUGGUGUUCUCAGGGUGAUGAAAGGUGUUGGGUUUGCGCCAGACAUAGCGUUUUCCUUGAUGGCCAAAAAGCUCAAUUUUAGUCUUAUCUGACCAGAGCACCUUCUUCCAUAUGUUUGGGGAGUCUCCCACAUGCCUUUUGGCGAACACUUGCUUAUUUUUUUCUUGAAGCAAUGGCUUUUUUCUGGCCACUCUUCCGUAAAGCCCAGCUCUGUGGAGUGUACGGCUUAAAGUGGUCCUAUGGACAGAUACUCCAAUCUCCGCUGUGGAGCUUUGGUCUCUUUGUUGCCUCUCUGAUUAAUGCCCUCCUUGCCUGGUCUGUGAGUUUUGGUGGGCGGCCCUCUCUUGGCAAGUUUGUUGUGGAGCCAUAUUCUUUCCAUUUUUUAAUAAUGGAUUUAAUGGCGCUCCGUGGGAUGUUCAAAGUUUCUGAUAUUUUUUUAUAACCCAAUCCUGAUCUGUACUUCUCCACAACUUUGUCCCUGACCUGUUUGGAGAGCUCCUUGGUCUUCAUGGUGCCGAUUGCUUGGUGGUGCCCCUUGCUUAGUGGUGUUGCAGAAUCUGGGGACUUUCAGAACAGGUGCAUAUAUACUAAGAUCAUGUGACACUUAGACUGCACACAGGUGGACUUUAUUUAAGUAAUUAUGUGACUUCUGAAGGUAAUUGUCCUCCUGAGUGGCGCAGUGGUCUAAGGCACUGCAUCACAGUGCUAGCUGUGCCAUUAGAGAUCCUGGUUCGAAUCCAGGCUCUGUCGUAGCCGGCCGCGACUGGGAGACCCAUGGGGCGGCGUACAAUUGGCCCAGCGUCAUCCAGGGUAGGGGAGGGAAUGGCCGGCAGGGAUGUAGCUCAGUUGGUAGAGCAUGGCAUUUGCAACGCCAGGGUUGUGGGUUCGAUUCCAGUAUAAAAAAUUAAAAUGUAUGCACUCACUAACUGUAAGUCGCUCUGGAUAAGAGCGUUUGCUAAAUGACUAAAAAUGUAAUUGGUUGCACCAGAUCUUAUUUAGGGGCUUCAUAGCAAAGGGGGUGAAUACAUAUGCACGCACCACUUUUCCGUUAUUAGUUUUUUUCAUUUCACUUCACCAAUUUAGACUAUUUUGUGUCUGUCCAUUACAUUAAAUCCAAAUAAAAAUCCAUUUAAAUUACAGGUUGUAAUGCAACAAAAUAGGAAAAACGCCAAGGCACUGUAUUGAGACCACACUAAAUAGCCUAUAGGUGCACUUGAUAUUGUGUGCCCAGCGAAGCUGUGAAACCAAUUGUUAUUCUCCGAAUUCUUAUUAUUUUCGUUUUCAUAUACUUUUUUUAUUUGGCACACAGAAACUAGAGGUCAUGAGUAACUUGGUCAAAAAUAAUUGCACCGAUUGGCCUAUACUGGGCGCUGUUAUAAGCAGUCUCACUUAAACCCUUUUGACCUAGAGACUUGAAACUUUGUAUGUAGAUGUCGUUCCUCAUGCUGAACAAAUUUGUCUCAAGGACCCAAAGGUCUCUCAUGAUAGAUUUUCCUCCAUCUUGGAAAUUUUUGAAAAAUGUAUUCUCAUUCGUCUCUUAACUUAGUUUGAGAAAAGCUAAGGGAUUGGUUAAGAGAUGGCUGAGUUAUUGAUAAAUCAGGAAAUCAGAUUUUACCUGUCCAUUUAAAUCCUUUGUAAAUCCACUCCAAAAUGGCCUAUCAACUUCAAACAUUUUAGGGUUAUCAAAAACAUUACUGUGAUGAACCAUGUUAAGUUUGGCAUUGAUAUCUUAAAAAAUAAGGAAACGAUCAAAAAUUCACUUUUUUGACUGUAACUGUAAUGCUUAAAAUAAUCAUAAAAAAUCUUCUCAUGGACUAAAAGUCAGAUUCACUCAAAAUGUGGUCUUUGGACUUCACAAUAGUCCCUAAAGAGUUUGAGAAAAUAACAUUGAUGCAUUCAAAGAUGGCCACACUAUACCAGUAGAUGCAUAUUGGCACAUACGUCUUCUCAUGAACCACAGGACCAAAAUGCACCAAUUUGGAAUGAAGGCCCAUGGUAAAUGUCUUAACUUGGUUUAAGAAAAGCUUGGUCAAAAGAUGGCUGAGUUAUUGACAAAUCAAAAAUGGGAUAUUACGUGUCCAUUUAAACCAAUGUUAAUCCACUCCACAGUGUCCUAUCAACUUGAAACUUGUCAUCGCUAUCAUGGACGUCUGAAAGUCAAACUGAAUUUGGUGUUGAUAUCUAAAAAAACAAGGAAACUAUUAACAACUAAUCGUUUGCAUAUGUAACGCUAAUGCUCAAAAUCAUCUGCAAUCAUCUUCUCCUCAUUAACCACGUUAGAUUCACUCCAGAUUUUUUAUUUACUCAUUACAUCAGUCUUUAAUAGUUGCUGCAUUCAAAACAUAAGCUGUGUGAAUAUAAAGUCACUGCAACCAUAGAUGGCUGCACCAGACCAGUUGGUGGCACUAUAGAUGUCAUUGGCACCAGUGGCAUCAUAGGAUACUAGAGCAAUAACUAUUGAUCAAGUGGACUUGGUCUAAUGCAAAUCAUUGUUAAAUUAUGCAGACGAACAAUGUGAAAUAUCUUGUUUAGUAUAUCUGUAUAAUCACAUAUUGUUGCCCUAUUACAGUGCAUUCGGAAAGUUUUCAGACCCCUUGACUUUUUCCACAUUUUGUUACGGUACAGCCUUAUUCUAAAAUUGAUUACAUUCAAUGUUUUCCUUAUUAAUCUACACACAAUACCCCAUAAUGAUAAAGCGAAAACAGUUUUUUUUAGAAAAAACAGAAAUACCUUAUUAACAUAAGUAUUCAGACCCUUUGCUAUGAGACUAAAAAUUAAGUUCAGGUGCAUCCUAUUUCCAUUGAUAAUCCUUGAGAUGUUUCUACAACUUGAUUGGAGUCCCCCUGUGGUAAAUUAAAUAGAUUGGACAUGAUUUGGAAAGGCACACACCUGUCUAUAUAAGAUCCCACAGUUGAGAGUGCAUGUCAGAGCAAAAACCAAGCCAUGAGGUAGAAGGAAUUGUCCGUAGAGCUCAGAGACAGGAUUUUGUCGAGGCACAGAUCUGGGGAAGGAUACCAAAAAAUGUCUGCAGCAUUGAAAGUCCCCAAGAACACAGUGGCCUCCAUCAUUCUUAAAUGGAAGAAGUUUGGAACCACCAAGACUCUUCCUAGAGCUGGCCGCCUGGCCAAACUGAGAAAUCGGGGGAGAAGGGCCUUGGUCAGGGAGGUGACCAAGAACCCGAUGGUCACUCUAACAGAGCUCCAGAGUUCCUCUGUGGAGAUGGGAGAAACUUCCAGAAGGACAACAAUCUCUGCAGCACUCCACCAAUAAGGCUUUUAUGGUAGAGUGACCAGACGGACGCCACUCCUCAGUAAAAGGCACAUGACUGCCCGCUUGGAGUUUGCCAAAAGGCACCUAAAGGACUCUCAGACCAUGAAAAACAAGAUUCUCUGGUCUGAUGAAACCAAGAUUGAACUCUUUGGCCUGAAUGCCAAGCGUCACGUCUGGAGGAAACCUGGCACCAUCCCUACGGUGAAGCAUGGUGGUGGCAUCAUCAUGCUGUGGGGAUGUUUUUCAGUGGCAGGGACUGGGAGACUAGUCAGGAUCAAGGGAAAGAUGAACGGAGCAAAAUACAGAGAGAUCCUUGAUGAAAACCUGCUCCACAGACCUCAGGACCUCUGACUGGGGCGAAGGUUCACCUUCUAACAGGACAUCGACCCUAAGCACACAGCCAAGACAACACAGGAGUGGCUUCGGGACAAGUCUAUGAAUGUCCUUGAGUGGCCUGCCAGAGCCCGGACUUGAACCCGAUCAAAAAUCUCUGGAGAGACCUGAAAAUAGCUGUGCAGUGACACUCCCCAUCCAACCUGACAGAGCUUGAGAGGAUCUGCAGAAAAGAAUGGGAGAAACUCCCCAAAUACAGGUAUGCCAAGCUUGUAGCGUCAUACCCAAGAAGACUCGAGGCUAUAAUCGCUGUCAAAGGUGCUUCAACAAAGUACUGAGUAAAGGGUCUGAAUACUUAUGUAAAUGUGAUAUUUCUGUUUUUUGUUAUUAUACAUUUGCAAAAAUUUCUAAACACCUGUUUUUGCUUUGUCAUUAUGGGCUAUUGUAUGUAGAUUGAUGAGGGAAAUAGCAAUUUUAUCCAUUUUAGAAUAAAGCUGUAACAUAACAAAAUGUGUUAUAAGUAAAGGGGUCUGAAUACUUUCCGAAUGCACUGUAUGUGGUCUGAACGUAGUGAAAAGUGGAUAUUUUAUCCUGCAAGUCCUGCCGCUUGCUCAGUCAGCGUAUUACAGUUGUGAGGGUUUAUUUAAGUAUUUUGGAAUGCUAAUGUGGAGUGAACCGACUGAGAUUUAAAUAAUUUACGCAAACAGAUUUCGACAAAAUUAAGUCCCAGAAUUCAAAGAUAACAGCAAGAUACCAAUACACUAAUGCUGAAAAUAUUUCACAAAUAGAAACCAUUAGUCAAAUUGACCCCAGAAUUGGUAUAAACUCAAUACAUUAAGUAAUUACUUUAAGAAUGAUUACCUGCUGCAUUCAAAGAUAACCAACCUACAGCACUAGACUAAACUUCACUUGCAUCAUCCUUGUGAUAUUGAGAGAUAAACAUGGUAAUGCUUUCACUGAUUGCACAUAAAGGAGGAUAGUUCCUACAUGAUAGGGCGGCAGGUAGCUUAGUGGUUAAGAGCGUUGUGCCAGUAACCGAAAGGUCGCUGUUUCUAAUCCCCGAGCCGACUAGGUGAAAAAUCUGUCGAUGUGCCCUUGAGCAAGGCACUUAACCCUAAUUGCUCCUGUAAGUCACUCUGGAUAAGAGGGUCUGCUAAAUGACUAAAAUGUAAUAGUGCUUGCUUUGUUAUCCAACUGAUCUUGUGUCCUUUCUGUCAUCCUGUGAAAUGUGUUCAUAGCUGCUCACAGCUAUAUUUCGCUCUCUCUCUCUCCAGCUUCCCUCCCCUUCUGCAAUGAGUGCGGCACUGAGAGGCAUUUCCUGCUACCUGAGAGAGGUACACCAAACACCCCUUUUGCCUCUGUCGGUCUGUCUGACUAUGGUUCAAACAAAAAGCACUGUGCCAACAUCGCACUGCACUUGACUUUUAAAGGCAGUGUAGGCUUGAGCCAAAACCUGGUGGGUCCAUCUUGCUUCAACUGAAACAACUGUUAGCUUUUCCUAUGAGAUAACCUGGCACACUUAGCCCUAUGCUAACACGACCAGCUGUUGGCUCUGCAUUAAAGGCCAAAAUUGGUGAAAGAAAAUUGUGAUAUACAGUGGGGAGAACAAGUAUUUGAUACACUGCCAAUUUUGCAGGUUUUCCUACUUACAAAGCAUGUAGAGGUCUGUAAUUUUUAUCAUAGGUACACUUCAACUGUGAGAGACGGAAUCUGAAACAAAUAUCAAGAAAAUCACAUUGUAUGAUUUUUAAGUAAUUCAUUUGCAUUUUAUUGCAUGACAUAAGUAUUUGAUACAUCAGAAAAGCAGAACUUAAUAUUUGGUACAGAAACCUUUGUUUGCAAUUACAGAGAUCAUACGUUUCCUGUAGGUUUUGACCAGGUUUGCACACACUGCAGCAGGGAUUUUGGCCCACUCCUCCAUACAGACCUUCUCCAGAUCCUUCAGGUUUCGGGGCUGUCGCUGGGCAAUACGGACUUUCAGCUCCCUCCCUUUCUAUUGGGUUCAGGUCUGGAGACUGGCUAGGUCACUCAAGGACCUUGAGAUGCUUCUUACGGAGCCACUCCUUAGUUGCCCUGGCUGUGUGUUUCGGGUCGUUGUCAUGCUGGAAGACCCAGCCACGACCCAUCUUCAAUGCUCUUACUGAGGGAAGGAGGUUGUUGGCCAAGAUCUCGCGAUACAUGGCCCCAUCCAUCCUCCCAAAAAUACGGUGCAGUCGUCCUGUCCCCUUUGCAGAAAAGCAUCCCCAAAGAAUGAUGUUUCCACCUCCAUGCUUCACGGUUGGGAUGGUGUUCUUGGGGUUGUACUCAUCCUUCUUCUUCCUCCAAACACGGCGAGUGGAGUUUAGACCAAAAAGCUCUAUUUUUGUCUCAUCAGACCACAUGACCUUCUCCCAUUCCUCCUCUGGAUCAUCCAGAUGGUCAUUGGCAAACUUCAGAUGGGCCUGGACAUGCGCUGGCUUGAGCAGGGGGACCUUGCGUGCGCUGCAGGAUUUUUAAUCCAUGACGGCGUAGUGUGUUACUAAUGGUUUUCUUUGAGACUGUGGUCCCAGCUCUCUUCAGGUCAUUGACCAGGUCCUGCCGUGUAGUUCUGGGCUGUUCCCUCACCUUCCUCAUGAUCAUUGAUCUUGCAUGGAGCCCCAGACCGAGGGUGAUUGACCGUCAUCUUGAACUUCUUCCAUUUUCUAAUAAUUGCGCCAACAGUUGUUGCCUUCUCACCAAGCUGCUUGCCUAUUGUACUGUAGCCCAUCCCAACCUUGUGCAGGUCUACAAUUUUAUCCCUGAUGUCCCUGGUCUUGGCCAUUGUGGAGAGGUUGGAGUCUGUUUGAACUCUUUACCUGUAUAAAAGACACCUGUCCACACACUCAAACAGGUGCAGUUAGUACAGGUAAUGAGUGGAGAACAGGAGGGCUUCUUAAAGAAAAACUAACAGGUCUGUGAGAGCCGGAAUUCUUACUGGUUGGUAGGUGAUCAAAUACUUAUGUCAUGCAAUAAAAUGCAAAUUAAUUACUUAAAAAUCAUACAAUAUGAUUUUCUUGAUUUUUGUCUAUGAUACAAAUUACAGACCUCUACAUGCUUUGUACAGUGGGGAAAAAAAGUAUUUAGUCAGCCACCAAUUCUGCAAGUUCUCCCACUUAAAAAGAUGAGAGAGGCCUGUAAUUUUCAUCAUAGGUACACGUCAACUAUGACAGACAAAUUGAGAAAAAAUUAUCCAGAAAAUCACAUUGUAGGAUUUUUAAUGAAUUUAUUUGCAAAUUAUGGUGGAAAAUAAGUAUUUGGUCACCUACAAACAAGCAAGAUUUCUGGCUCUCACAGACCUGUAACUUCUUCUUUAAGAGGCUCCUCUGUCCUCCACUCGUUACCUGUAUUAAUGGCACCUGUUUGAACUUGUUAUCAGUAUAAAAUACACCUGUCCACAACCUCAAACAGUCACACUCCAAACUCCACUAUGGCCAAGACCAAAGAGCUGUCAAAGGAACUUUGACAGACAAAAUGAGAAAAAUAAAUCCUGAAAAUCACAUUGUAGGAUUUUUAAUGAAUUUAUUUGCUAAUUAUGGUGGAAAAUAAGUAUUUGGUCAAUAACAAAAGUUUCUCAAUACUUUGUUAUAUACCCUUUGUUGGCAAUGACACAGGUCAAACGUUUUCUGUAAGUCUUCAUAAUGUUUUCACACACUGUUGCUGGUAUUUUGGCCCAUUCCUCCAUGCAGAUCUCCUCUAGAGCAUUGAUGUUUUGGGGCUGUCGCUGGGCAACACGGACUUUCAACUCCCUCCAAAGAUUUUCUAUGGGGUUGAGAUCUGGAGACUGGCUAGGCCUCUCCAGGACCUUGAAAUGCUUCUUACGAAGCCACUCCUUCGUUGCCCGGGCGGUGUGUUUGGGAUCAUUGUCAUGCUGAAAGACCCAGCCACGUUUCAUCUUCAAUGCCCUUGCUGAUGGAAGGAGGUUUUCACUUAAAAUCUCACGAUACAUGGCCCCAUUCAUUCUUUCCUUUACACGGAUCAGUCAUCCUGGUCCCUUUGCAGAAAAACAGCCCCAAAGCAUGAUGUUUCCACCCUCAUGCUUCACAGUAGGUAUGGUGUUCUUUGGAUGCAACUCAGCAUUCUUUGUCCUCCAAAUAUGGCGAGUUGAGUUUUUACCAAAAAUUUCUAUUUUGGUUUCAUCUGACCAUAUGACAUUCUCCCAAUCCUCUUCUGGAUCAUCCAAAUGCACUCUAGCAAACUUCAGACGGGCCUGGACAUGUACUGGCUUAAGCAGGGGGACACAUCUGGCACUGCAGGAUUUGAGUCCCUGGCGGCGUAGUGUGUUACUGAUGGUAGGCUUUGUUACUUUGGUCCCAGCUCUCUGCAGGUCAUUCACUAGGUCCCCCCGUGUGGUUCUGGGAUUUUUGCUCAUUUUUGCUUGUGAUCAUUUUGACCCCACAGGGUGAGAUCUUGCGUGGAGCCCCAGAUCGAGGUAGAUUAUCAGUGGUCUUGUAUGUCUUCCAUUUCCUAAUAAUUGCUCCCACAGUUGAUUUCUUCAAACCAAGCUGCUUACCUAUUGCAGAUUCAGUCUUCCCAGCCUGGUGCAGGUCUACAAUUUUGUUUCUGGUGUCCUUUGACAGCUCUUUGGUCUUGGCCAUAGUGGAGUUUGGAGUGUGACUGUUUGAGGUUGUGGACAGGUGUCUUUUAUACUGAUAACAAGUUCAAACAGGUGCCAUUAAUACAGGUAACGAGUGGAGGACAGAGGAGCCUCUUAAAGAAGAAGUUACAGUUCUGUGAGUGCCAUAAAUCUUGCUUGUUUGUAGGUGACCAAAUACUUAUUUUCCACCAUAAUUUGCAAAUAAAUUCAUUAAAAAUCCUACAAUGUGAUUUUCAGGAUUUUUUUUCUCAAUUUCUCUGUCAUAGUUGAUGAAAAUUACAGGCCUCUCUCAUCUAUUUAAGUGGGAGAACUUGCACAAUUGGUGGCUGACUAAAUACUUUUUUCCCCCACUGUAAGUAGGAAAACCUGCAAAAUCGGCAGUGUAUCAAAUACUUGUUCUCCCCACUGUGUAUAUAUAUAUAUAUAUAUAUAUAUAUAUAUAUAUAUAUAUUGUAUACCACUUUCAUUUAAGGACCGCUGUGCCAUAUACAGUACCAGUCAGAAGUUUGGACACACCUACUCAUUCAAGGGUUUUUCUAUAUUUUUAAUAUUUUCUACAUUGUAGAAUAAUAGUGAAGACAUCAACACUAUGAAAUAACACAUAUGGAAUCAUGUAGUAACCAAAAAAGUGUUAAACAAAUCAAAAUAUAAUUUAUAUUUUAGAUUCUUCAAAGUAGCCACCCUUUGCCUUGAUGACAGCUUUGCACACUCUUGGCAUUCUCUCAACCAGCUUCAUGAACAAUGCUUUUCCAACAGUCUUGAAGGAGUUCCCACAUAUGCUGAGCACUUGUUGGCUGCUUUUCCUUCACUCUGCGGUCCAACUCAUCCCAAACCAUCUCAAUUGGGUUGAGGUCAGGUGAUUGUGGAGGCCAGGUCAUCUGAUGUAGCACUCCAUCACUCUCCUUCUUGGUAAAAUAGCCCUUACACAGCCUGGAGGUGUGUUUUGGGUCAUUGUCCUGUUGAAAAACAAAUAAUAGUCCCAUCAGCGCAAACCAGAUGGGAUGGCGUAUCGCUGCAGAAUGCUGUGGUAGCCAUGCUGGUUAAAUGUGCCUUGAAUUCUAAAUAAACCACAGACAGUGUCACCAGCAAAACACCCCCACACCAUCACACCUCCUCCUCCAUGCAUCACCUACUCUGCGUCUCACAAAGACACUGUGGUUUGGACUCAUCAGACCAAAGGACAGAUUUCCACCAGUCUAAUGUCCAUUGCUCGUGUUUCUUGGCCCAAGCAAGUCUCUUCUUCUUAUUGGUGUCCUUUAGUAGUGGUUUCUUUGCAGCAAUACGACCAUGAAGGCCUGAUUCACGCAGUCUCCUCUGAACAGUUGAUGUUGAGAUGUGUCUGUUACUUGAACUCUGUGAAGCAUUUAUUUGGGCUGUAUUUUCUGAGGCUGGUAACUCUAAUGAACUUAUCCUCUGCAGCAGAGUUAACUCUGGGUCUUCCUUUCCUGUGGCGGUCCUCAUGAGAGCCACUUUCAUCAUAGCGCUUCUGUCACGGUUCUCUAAGACCGAACCCAGAAGCAGACCAGGACAAGGUGAGUUGAACGAAGGUGAGUGUUUAUUUACAGAUUCAAAAGGAUGCAGAAUAAUCCAGGAGACGGAGCGGGUGGCGGAGAUGAGUAGGUGGAGGUGAAGUGGCAGAUUAAAUGAUGGCACUACAGGGGUGCUAGUACUCAGAGGCUGAUACACUGGCAAAACAUACUGUUAAUGGCUAAUGAUCCGGCAGGGAAUGGAUGUCAGGUCAGAGCUUAAGAAGGGGUGAUGAUCAGGACCAGGUGUGCCGAGGCUGAUGAGAAGCAGGUGCGGGUAAUCGAGAGAUCACCCGCCUAGCAACGUCGCCCGGCAACCGGACAGGGUGCGUUCAGGAACCUUCGGGAAAACAGGAGAUACCGAGCAGAAAAAACGGCAACCCAGGCAGGAACAGACUCAGGAUGCAGGGUUCAUGACAGUACCCCCCCCUCCGAUGAACGCCACCGGGCGGACUACCCGGAGCGCCAGGAUGGAGGCGGUUAGAAGUCACGAAGGAGGUCAGCAUCAAGGAUCUGACGCCGAGGAAUCCAACUCCUCUCCACAGGACCAUACCCCUCCCAGUCCACGAGAUACUGGAAACCCCGGCCCCGCCGUCUGGAAUCCAUGAUGCGGCGCACCGUAUAGACAGGACCUCCUCCGAUCAUCCGAGGAGGAGGAGGAGGCGGAGGGGGCAACAGAGGGCUGAGGAGAACAGGCUUGAGGCAGGAGACAUGGAAGGUGGGAUGGACUCUGAGCGUCCUAGGCAACUUGAGUCGAACCACAACCGGAUUGAUCACUCUCUCCACCACAAACGGACCAAUGAACCUCGGCGACAGUUUCCUUGACUCAGUCCGCAGAGGGAGGUCCCGUGUAGCCAACCAGACCCUAUCUCUGAUGGCAUAAGCGGGGGCUGGAAUACGGCGAUGAUUCGCCUGGAGCUGAUACCGGUCAGAAAACUCGAAGGAGGGCCUUUCUGGCCCGAUGCCAGGUCCGGUGGCAACGACGAAUGUGGGCCUGGACAGAGGGAACCGAGAGAUCCUUCUCCUGAGAAGGAAACAGGGGGGGUUGGUAGCCGUAUAGGCACUGGAAGGGAGACAUCCCAGUGGCAGAAGUAGGGAGAGUAUUGUGGGCAUACUCAACCCCAAGGCAACUGAGAGACCCAAGAGGUGGGGUUGGAGGAAACAAGGCAGCGCAGCGUGGAUUCCAUCUUCUGGUUGGCUCUCUCCGCCUGUCCGUUGGAUUGGGGGUGAAAUCCAGAUGUGAGACUGACUGUAGCUCCAAUGGCCAAACAGAAGGACUUCCAGACAGCAGAGGUGAACUGAGGACCACGGUCGGAAACUAUGUCACUGGGCAAUCCAUGAACCCUGAAAAACCUCCCUAACCAGGAUCUUGGACGUCUCAGAGGCAGAGGGAUGGGCACAAAGUGGGCGAACUUGCUGAAUCUGUCCACAAUAGUCAGAAUGACCGUGUUCCCCUCAGAAGAGGGCAACCCAGUGACAAAGUCCAGGGCCAGAUGCGACCAUGGUCGCCGGGGGGAUAGGUAGGGGGUGAAGAAGUCAAGAGCUGGGCCGAUUGGCACUCUUGUUCUGCGCACAAACUGGACAGGCAGCAACAAACCUCAGAGUAUCUUCUCCCAUGGCAGGCCACCAAAAUCGUCUGCGUAGAACCGCCAUCGUCCGAGCCACGCCAGGGUGGCAAGCCAUCUUGCUGGCGUGGGACCAUUGGAGGACAGCCGAACGGACCGACUCAGGCACAAACAACCGACCGGGUGGACCGUUACCGGGGCCGGGCUGCGUCCGAAGGGCCGCCAUAACCUCCUCCUCAAUCCUCCACAUAACGGCUCCUACGACAAGAUUCCGGGGAAGAAUCGUCUCAGUCUUGGCCCCACUCUCCUCCGUCUUGGAGAACAUCCGGGACAAGGCGUCCGCCUUGCCGUUCUUAGACCCCGGUCGGAACGUCAAGGAAAAAUUAAAGCGUCCAAAAAACAACGACCACCUGGCCUGACGGGAGUUGAGACGUUUAGCCGAUUGCACGUAAGCAAGAUUGUUGUGGUCAGUCCAGACAACAAACGGUUGCUCCGCCCCCUCCAACCAGUGGCGCCACUCCUCCAAGGCAAGUUUCACUGCGAGAAGCUCCCGGUUACCCACAUCGUAGUUCCUCUCCGCAGACGAAAGACGACGAGAGUAGUAGGCGCAGGGAUGGAGUUUACCGUCAGUGGAGCAUCGCUGGGACAGGAUGGUGCCAACCCCCACAUCAGACGCAUCCACCUCAACGACAAACUGACGGGCAGUGUCAGGUUGAGAGAGAAUCGGAGCGUUGGUGAAUCGCCUCUUCAAAUCCAGAAAUGCUCGGUCCGCCUCAGGAUUCCAACUGAAGGUUCUGGUACUAGAAGUCAGGGCAGUUAAAGGAGCGGCCACACGGCUGUAGUCAUGGAUAAAUCUACGAUAGAAAUUCGCAAACACCAGAAACCUCUGGAGCUGCAAUCUCGUACCGGGCUGGGCCCAAUCCAGAACCGCCCUAACCUUCUCUUGGUCCAUCGUAAUCUCUCCCCUGGAGAUGAUGUACCCGAGGAAGGAUGUAGUGUGGGUGUGGAAUUCACACUUCUCGGCCUUCACAAACAGGCGAUUCUCCAACAAUCGCUGCAGAACCUGCUUGACAUGCUGGACGUGGCUGGAAGGCUCCUUAGAGAAGAUAAGAAUGUCAUCCAGGUAAACGAACACAAAAAUACCGAUCAUAUCUCUCAGGACAUCAUUCACCAUACUCUGGAACACUGCUGGAGCAUUGGUCAGUCCAAACGGCAUCACCUGAUACUCGAAAUGACCCAUCGGUGUAUUGAAACCAGUCAACCACUCGUCACCCUCUCUGAUCCGGACCAGAUGAUACACAUUGCGUAGGUCCAGCUUGGUGAACACCGUAGCACCCUGUAAGGAGUCGAAAGCAGAGCUCAUCAAGGGCAGGGGAUACUUGUUCUUGACCGUGAUAUCAUUCAACCCCCGAUAAUCAAUACAAGGUCGAAGAGAGCCAUCCUUCUUACUCACAAAGAAGAAUCCUGCCCCCAGGGGUGAUGACGAGGGACGAAUGAGACCAGCAGCUAGGGACUCCUUUAUGUAGGUCUCCAAAGCUUCACGUUCAGGUCGGGAGAUGCUGUAUAACCGUCCCUUGGGAAAGACAGCUCCAGGGAACAGGUUUAUGGCACAAUCAUAUGGUCGGUGGGGAGGGAGUGACAGAGCCCUCUGCUUACUGAACACCUCCCCCAAAUCGUGAUAUGUUUCGGGGACCAGGGACAAAUCUGGGGGGUUAGCCUCAAUGACCUGACUGGGAACAGAAUGGGAACAGGCAGUCUUGAGGCAGUUAGCAUGGCAAUCAAUGCUCCAACUAGUUACCUUGCCAGUCACCCAAUCGAACGUGGGAUUGUGUUCCUUCAGCCAGGGGUAUCCAAGGACCAGAGGAACAUGGGGAGAAGGCAGAAUGAAGAAUGAGAUAACCUCAGAAUGAUUCCCUGACAACAGCAUCUUAACCGGUUCAGUCCUCAUCGUGAUACGUGCCAGACUACUGCCGUUCAGAGUGGUAGCUUCAAUGGCUUCCGGUAGUCGCUCCUUGGGAAGCCCCAGCUGUUCCACCACGUCGGCAUCAAUAAAGCUGCCAUCGGCACCUGAAUCGAUGAAAGCGUUAAUCGCUAAACUCUGAUUCCUGUUCAUGAGGGUAGCCGGGAAACGGGGUCUGACAGGGCUAUUGAGAGGUUGAAACCGGCUCGCUAAAUGUCCUCCCAAACUUAGUGAGCCGGGCAGUUUGACGGCCGCUGGGAACAAGUGGAGAUGUAAUGUCCCGAACUACCACAGUAGAGGCAGCGGUUGGUCUCACGUCUAUGUUGGCGCUCCUCCUUGGUUAACCCGUGCCGCCCCACUUGCAUGGGUUCAGAAUCUGGAGGCAGGACCUCUCCACUAAUCCCGUGUGGUGGACAAAGAUCGACGCGUUCUGGUCCACCUCCUGACCCGACUGGGAACCGAGAAGCUGAUUGAUUGGACGGGCCCCAUUGCUUCUCCCUCCUUCUCUCUCGAACUCUGUUAUCCACCCGAAUAGACAAAGCGACCAAACUGUCCAGGUCACUAGGCUCCAGAUAGGAGAUCAGCUCAUCCUUGAGUUGCUCCGACAACCCCUGAUAAAAGGCCGCUUGCAGUGACUCUUCAUUCCACCCACUCUCCACAGCCAAUGUCCUGAAUUCGAUAACGAAGUCGGCAACUCUGCGAGCUCCUUGGUGAAGAGAAAACAGGCGUUUAGCUGCGUCCUUCCCUCAGACAGGAUGGUCAAACAGCUUCCUCAUCUCUGCCGUGAACUCCUGGUAUGAAGCCAUGCAGGUGUCCUGUCGUUCCCAUACGGCUGAAGCCCACUCCAGGACUCUACCACGCAGCAAUUCAAUGACAAAGGCUAUCCUAGCCUUGUCUGUGGCAUAAGAGUGGGGCUGUAGAUCGAACACUAAUCCACACUGCCUAAGAAAGGAACGGCAUCUUCCCAAAUCCCCCUCAUAUUUAUCAGGCGUCGGAACCUUGGGCUCAGGGAAGGGCACAGCUCCAGAAGCGGCAGGCGAGAUGGGAGAAACCGGUGGUGGAUUCUCCACCGGCAAACUGAGCUGAGCCUGGAUCUUCGUCAGACUGGUAGAAAAGUUCCGAACUGACAACGCUAUCUCCUGUAGCGCCGUGCUAUGUUGUCCCAACAUCUUCUCCUGAUGGGUAAUGGCAUGGCGAACAGAGUCCAGGUCCGCUGGGUUCAUUUCUGGCCGGAUCGUUCUGUCACGGUUCUCUAAGACCGAACCCAGAAGCAGACCAGGACAAGGUGAGUUGAACGAAGGUGAGUGUUUAUUUACAGAUUCAAAAGGAUGCAGAAUAAUCCAGGAGACGGAGCGGGUGGCGGAGAUGAGUAGGUGGAGGUGAAGUGGCAGAUUAAAUGAUGGCACUGCAGGGGUUGGGUGAAGGUUCCGGGAGAAUGACUGUAGACAGAAAAAAACUGAGGGUAAGUACAAGGCAGGUCAACAAGGUGCAAAAAACAACAAAACUAACGCUAGUACUCAGAGGCUGAUACACUGGCAAAAACAUACUGUUAAUGGCUAACGAUCCGGCAGGGAAUGGAUGUCAGGUCAGAGCUUAAGAAGGGGUGAUGAUCAGGACCAGGUGUGCCGAGGCUGAUGAGAAGCAGGUGCGGGUAAUCGAGAGAUCACCCACCUAGCAACGUCGCCCGGCAACCGGACAGGGUGCGUUUAGGAACCUUCGGGAAAACAGGAGAUACCGAGCAGAAAAAACGGCAACCCAGGCAGGAACAGACUCAGGAUGCAGGGUUCAUGACAGCUUCAUGGUUUCUGCGACUGCACUUGAAGAAACGUUCAAAGUUCUUGAAAUGUUCAGAAUUAACUGACCUUAAUGUCUUAAAGUAAUGAUGGACUGUCGUUUCUCUUUGCUUAUUUGAGCUGUUUUUGCCAUAAUAUGGACUUGGUCUUUUACCAAAUAGGGCUAUCUUUUGUAUACCAACCCUACCUUGUCACAACACAACUGAUUGGCUCAAACGCAUUACGAAGGAAAGAAAUUCCACAAAUUAACUUUUAAGAAGGCACACCUGUUAAUUGAAAUGCAUUCCAGGUGACUACCUCAUGAAGCUGGUUGAGAGAAUGCCAAAAGCUGUCAUCAAGGCAAAGGGUGGCUAUUUGAAGAAUCUCAAAUAUAAAAUAUAUUUUGAUUUGUUUAACACUUUUUUGGUUACUACAUGAUUCCAUAUGUGUUAUUUCCUAGUGUUGAUGUCUUCACUAUUAUUCUACAAUGUAGAAAAUAGUAAAAAUAAAGAAAAACCCUGGAAUGAGUAGGUGUGUCCAAACUUUUGACUGGUACUGUAUGUAUGAAAUUAGUUUUGAUUUAGAAUGAACCAUUAUCAUGCACCUGUCUCAGAACAGGGACAGGGGGAGAAAAAAAUACAUGUCAUCUAUGCACUUUCCCGUGGUUCAUUUUCAUGACAGCCAGGUAGGCUAUACUCCUGUUGUAAAGCGAAGCAAUGUGCUUAAUAUUAGGAAUGUUGAGAAAUAAAUAUAGUAGGUCUAGCCUAUAGAAAGCUGAUGGGAUCCUCCUCUUUUCAAUAGAGACCAUCAAAACUCUGUUUUCUCAUGCAAUUGCAUAGUUUAUAGAAAUGUUGCGCAACAUGAGCUCAUUGGCUCUCAUGAAGUGCUUGAAUGUUUUUUAUUACAUUUGCAUUGAUGUCAGAGUGAUUAAAGGGACAAUAGAGUGCUGAGUACCAGGUAGUUAGCAAGUUUGGUAUGCUACUAAUGACCAUUAUCAGCAUCAGAGUUUGGAGAAGCCUAGUUACCUUUACUAAACGGUUACGUGGAAUUUGACUGUGGUCAUGCCUCGUGACCACCGGUGUUGCGGUAAUAUGGUCACUGUAACAGCCCUAAUCAAAGGUUGGUGAAUUUAUGCGCUCACAAAAUAACAAGAAAUAGACAUACAUGUAAGGGGGGUAAAAAUGGAUGUGGAAUAUAGACGAAUGUACGCUUCACUAUAAAUACAUGUAUGUAGCUCGGCUCUGCCUGUGGCCAUGGAGUGACUCAUGCUUCCCUGAGAUGUUGCAUCUCAUCAUUCUUAGCUUCUUUGAGUGGCUGCUCCCUCGCUUUUAUUUUCUAUUCCUUCAUCCAUCAAUCUUAAUGUGAUGUGGCAUGAUGCGUACCGCACUGUGCUUGCUAUCAGACUCUUUCAUCACAAUAGUCAGUCUGUAAGACACACAAGGGGAUGAAUGAAUGGAUAAACUUUAUUGAUCCCCAGAGGGGAAAUUGGGCUUGUCACCAGCAUAAGAAUAUUGGCGGACUUACCAUUAGGAUGAUGUAAGGCAAUUGUCUCACAUCAUCAAGGGGCCUCGUGAGCUGGGCAUAAUAAAAAAUAUAUAAUACUACUAGACCCCCCCCCCCCCAUGCUCUGCCUGCUAGAGCGACACCUCUCUCUGCUUCUUCUUUUUCUUAUUUUUUGUCCGGUUUCCGGCAGACUAGACGCUUUAUUGCGUAUUGCUGCCUUUCACAGUUCGGAAAAUGCAUUGCACAUUUUGUUCACAAAAAAGGGAAAAGGGAAAUGGGCAACACCUCUCUGUCUCUUCUCUCCCUCACGCUUUAUCAGCUACGGUUAAUAAAGUAGUUUAAAAAUGGACUUUUCCGCUGUUUCCUUCGUUAGGAUCGGACCAGGUCUACAGUACUAAACAAAAGUUUGGACACACCUACUCAUUCAAGGGUUUUUCUUUAUUUUUACUAUUUUCUACAUUGUAGAAUUAUAGUGAAGACAUCAAAACUAUGAAAUAACACAUAUGAAAUCAUGCAGUAACCAAAAAAGUGUUAAACAAAUCAAAAUAUAAUUUAUAUUUUAGAUUCUUCAAAGUAGCCACCCUUUGCCUUGAUGACAGCUUUGCACACUCUUGGCAUUCUCUCAACCAACUUCACCUGGAAUGCUUUUCCAACGGUCUUCAAGGAGUUUCCCACAUAUGCUGAGCACUUUCUGCCGUCUGACUCAUCCCAAACCAUCUCAAUUGGGUUGAGGUCAGGGGAUUGUGGAGGCCAGGUCAUCUGAUGCAGCACUCCAUCACUCUCCUUCUUGGUAAAAUAGCCUUUACACAGCCUGGAGGUGUGUUGGGUCAUUGUCCUGUUGAAAAACAAAUAAUAGUCCCACUAAGCCCAAACCAGAUGGGAUGACGUAGAGCUGCAGAAUACUGUGGUAGCAAUGCUGGUUAAGUGUGCCUUGAAUUCUAAAUAAAUCACAGACAGUGUCACCAGCAAAGCACCCCCACACCAUAACUCCUCCUCCUCCAUGCUUUACGGUGGGAACUACACAUGCGGAGAUAAUCCGUUCACCCACACCACGUCUCACAAAUACACGGCGGUUAGACCCAAAAAUCUCCAAUUUUGACUCCAGACCAAAGGCCAUAUUUCCACCGGUCUAAUGUCCAUUGCUCGUGUUUCUUGGCCCAAGCAGGUCUCUUCUUCUUAUUGGUGUCCUUUAGUAGUGGUUUCUUUGCAGCAAUUUGACCAUGAAGGCCUGAUUCACACGGUCCCCUCUGAACAGUUGAUGUUGAGAUGUGUCUGUUAGUUGAAUUCUGUGAAGCAUUUAUUUGGGCUGUAUUUUCUGAGGCAGGUAACUCUAAUGAACUUACUUGCAGCAGAGGUAACUCUGGGUCUUCCUUUCCUGUGGCAGUCCUCAUGAGAGCCAGUUUCAUCAUAGUGCUUCAUGGUUUUUGCGACUGCACUUGAAGAAACUUUCAAAGUUCUUGACAUUUUCCAGAUUGACUGACCUUCAUGUCUUAAAGUAAUGAUGGACUGUCGUUUCUCUUUGCUUAUUUUAGCUGUUUUUGACAUAAUAUGGACUUGGUCUUUUACCAAAUAGGUCUAUCUUCUGCAUACCAACCCUACCUUGUCACAACACAACUGAUUGGCUCAAACGCAUUAAGAAGGAAAGAAAUUCCACAAAUUAACUUUUAAGAAGGCACACCUGUUAAUUGAAAUGCAUUCCAGGUGACUACCUCAUGAAGCUGGUUGAGAGAAUGCCAAGAGUGUGCAAAGCUGUCAUCAAGGCAAAGGAUGGCUAUUUGAAGAAUCUCAAAUAUAACAUAUAUUUUGAUUUGUUUAACACUUAUUUGAUUACUACAUGAUUCCAUAUGAAGAUGCUGGAGGAAACAGGUACAAAAGUAUCUAUAUCCACAGUAAAACGAGUCCUAUAUCGACAUAACCUGAAAGGCCGCUCGGCAAGGAAGAAGCCACUGCUCCAAAACCGCCAUAAAAAAGCCAGACUACGGUUUACAACUGCACAUGGGGACAAAGAUCGUACUUUUUGGAGAAAUGUCCUCUGGUCUGAUGAAACAAAAAUAUAACUGUUUGGCCAUAAUGACCAUCGUUAUGUUUGGAGGAAAAAGGGGGUUGCUUGCAAGCCGAAGAUCACCAUCCCAACCGUGAAGCAACCGUGAAGCCAUCCCAAUGUAUUGACAUGUUUCAACCCAAAGGCUAUUGUCUUAUGUCAGAUAACGUGUUCGUCUGUACUGAUGGACUAGCAACGCGCAGUAGUGAUGCACCUGUUGGAAGACAAUGUCCCAAUGCAGUAAUUCAACAAUGGCACACAUCUUUUGCUAACAUGACACUGUAUCCAUAAGUAUUAAAAAUACUUUAUGUAAGGCAUAAAUGCCAAAGUUAUGUACAUUGCCUUGAGAGUUAAUGUACAGAACGGAGCUGUUUAUCCCACUUAUACCACCCACAAUUGCUUAAGAAAACAAUAUGAAAGCACACAUUUACCGGUAUAAAUACUUUUCUUUAGUUAAUAUUUUCAUUUUUAUAAGCUAAUUCAUACUUUCUCAUCUUUUGGUUGCUAGAGUCACGACCCAGUCGUUCGUUCAAUUAGUUCAAAAUGUAUGGACGCAUCCCAGUCGUUCGUUCUUUAUAUUCCGUUGCCAUGCUCGCUGGCAAUGUUCUUAUCCCUUGCUUGCUAGCUAGUCAGCUACCUACGGCUAACACAGUCACGACCUCUGCAGCCAAAAUAACAGCAAAGUAGCUGUUUUCUAUUGACAUUCAUUUGGAUACAUCCAUAACAAUGAGCUGAUAAUGCCCAAUUUUGCCUGGCAUAGCUAGAAAAGUUAGCCUUCUCUUCAGGACACUCAACACUGUUCGUUACGAGGAGAUCACAUUGCAUAUCAAACACAACUAGUUUGUUGCUAGCAAACCUGCCAAUAUGACAACCAAAUUCAAAAAUAUUAGUUUCUGAAAACAGCUGGUCAAAUUAGAAACGUGGGAGUAUUUGACAGCAUAGAGCCACUUGUGUCAUGACUGCAACAGUAGGGACCAGAGAAAAUCAUUUUCAUCACUCACCACGUUAGGUCAUCAGAUGCUCCAAAAAAAUAUGUCUCUGCAAAAACAAAUCAAUGCUAGCUAGCUAAGUUUUUCCUCGUUGGACCUGCGUUUACAAUGUGUUCAAUUUCGGUUUGUGUGGUUGUUGGUUUAGCUUUCUGUAACUUUGUAGCAAGUACGGUCUGAAUGUGUAGCCGCUUAUUGCAUAAUGAUUGCAAGGUGUCCCAAUAUCUUGUACAACUGUCCCGAUAUCUUUUCCAACCGUUCUGUUAUCUGGUUUUAAUGUCCAUUCUAGAAUGCCCUUCUAACCAAUCAGAAACGAGUAUUCAACAAUGUUGUGGUAUAACUAUAUUAUAAUACCAUAAGCCGUAAACUUGCGGUGGGUCUGCUCCUACAUUCUUUCACAGAUGUUGUCCUUUUAGGCUCAAAAGAAGCACUUCAUCCAGGGACAUGCCACUGGCCCCAAUUAUUUGAGUGGAAUUCCACACUCAAAUAUUUUCAAGCUUUUAAUUAGACAGAUUAUAAACCAUUUAUGAUGGUUGCAGUCCACAAAGAUUAAAUUGCAUAGAAUCGAAUUAAUCAUAUCCAUUAAGUUACUGCCUAUAGAACAGGGUUUCGCUAAUGUAUAUACUAUAUAACGCUAUACCCUUCCAAUACAGGUUAGUUCAAUCAGUUUUGAUAACUUUUUUUGACCCUGCACAUCCUUUUUCCCAACGACUUGCUGCUAGGUCCUUUCAGCUAGUAGUUGCUAUGUCAACAUCAUGUCUGACGAAUGCUGUGACUGCUAACUUAAGUCCCUUCAGUACAGACACAAAAGGUCAAUACACAAUCUCUCACUCUCUCUCCUUUUCUCUCUACCACGUUUUCUCAAUGUCCCUCUCUCUCAGUGGGAGAGUGAACAGCAGAGGAGUCUGGAGGAGAGGGGUCGUCUGCUGCUCUGCCUGCAGUUCCUCCCCCCGUCCAGUGAGGUCGAUAAGGCCAAAGGGGAGGCCAAGGAGAGGGCCCGCGGAGGGCUCUGUGUGGGUGUGCAACGCUGCGCCCACCUAGCAGCCAUGGACGUCAACGGAUUCUCGGACCCCUACGUCAAAACGUGAGUAUAGGCUUUGACCCUGAUACCAAUACUAGACCUGGGUUGUGUUCAUUAGAGCACAACGCAGCAAAACGUUUUGCAACGGAAAUGAAAAUUAGUGUUUCUUAUUGUACAAGUUCCCCGUUUCACACGUUUUCGUACCGUUUUUCUUGUGUACAAAUGUUUUGUUUUCUUUUAAAUAUUUAAGAUGCGCUUGAUUGAGCUUGAAUGGUGUAACAGAACAAAUGGAAUAGUGCCAAAAGUGAAAACUCCUACCAUUCGGCACUCCAGGCAGGCUCAAUGAAAGGUUCAAAGUAUCUGAAAGAAAACAAAUACGUUAUUAUUUCCAGUGGGCAUGAGGGGUAGAAAGAGAUGCAGUGUACAGGGAGUUAUGGUUAUUGAGAUGACCAUCUUACUGUAGGUGCCCUUUGAGUAACAUACAGAGAUUUAUGGACUGGAGCCUUUGCACAAUUGCAUUUCAAAAGUAAUUGAGAGAGAGAGAGUGUGUGUAUGUACAUGCAUGUGUGUGUGUGCAAGCCAUGGCUAGUGAGAUGUGGAAUUGUUCCCAGCGUGACUGAUGCAUCCUGACAGAAAUCGGACAAAGGAACUGAACAUUUCAUCCCUUGUCAAUGUGUUCACUUGAAUGCCGUCACUGGCCUUGAGCUUUCCCUGGAAUUAGUAAAAAACAGUGGCCGUGCCGAGCAAACAUCUCACUUUACCUCCCUUUCACACGUACAUAAACACACACGUACACACUUUCUUGGAGAAAUAUGCCAAAUAAAUAUGCCCUCAGGUUAAAGUACAAGCAAGGCAUACCAAUAAACAUGCUACCGUUUUCCUACCGCCAGUGCACACAAUCAAAUGUCUGUCCUGUAGACGCUUUCUCUCUCACACACACACGCUCAUGCACACACACACACACACUCAUGCAUGCAGACACAAACUCAUGCAUGCACACACACACAGGCAUACACACACACGCAGCAUCUCAUUCUGUUUCUUCUCUCGCUCUCUCUCUCUACCUCGCUCUCUCGCUCUUUGUUCUGUAUUAGCACUCAGUAAAUUCCCCAUCUGUUUUGUUGUGUCUGAGUGUGGGGGAGAACAUCAGGUCUUCGUGCUGCGGGGUGGUGGGUGGAAAAUGUGUGUGAGGGAAAUGCAGAACACUAGCUUUCUGUCAGUUUAGAUAUUAGAGAAUGUGUCAGAGCACAGCGAGAGAUACUCGGCACAGUUAAAGAUUCUACUGUGUAGCUUAAGUCUCAGACCAUAAGAUAAUAUGAUUUCACGUUCAGAAUUGUCCUUGUUAUGACACACAUAGCUAGAAAUGUAAUAUACAGUAUAGAUUGGGACAUGGGCGGCGUACCAAAUAGUACCCUAUUCCCUAUAUAGUCCAUUACGUUUGACCAGGGCCUAUAGGAUCUGGUCAAAUGUGAAUAGGGUGCAAUUGGGACACAACCAUAGUUUCUUAUGCUGUAUGAUGACAGAAUCAUAUCUACCCUAUAAAUGAUGGGGUCUUUACAUUUGGAAUGUAACAAUAUCACGCUCCGAAGGUUAUGUUUGAGAUUUCAUGUGUUUCAGAAGAUGUUUAUACGCUGUAUAUGCAUUUCUACAUUAUAAGUCUGCAUAUCUGCAAAAGUUUCAGUGGAUGGGGAUUUGCAAUUACAAUAGCAGCAAGAAAUCAUGCAGAAUGUAGCUUUAAACACGACCUUGCCUUAGGAAUGACAAUGGCAAAUGGCACCCUAUUCCCUACAUAGUGCACCAGUUUGGACUGCAUAAUGAAUUGAGUUUGUGUUUUCUUAAUGGAGUGUGACAGCCUCACAUUACUCUGUAUCAGGUACCUCAAGCCAGACCUGCAGAAGAAAUCCAAGCAUAAAACAGCCGUCAUAAAAAAGACUCUUAACCCUGAGUUUAAUGAGGUAGAGCUCAGUGUGUGUGUUUAUACUGUACAUGUGUGUUUGUGUGUGUGUGUGUGUGGUUCUUGUGCUUGUGUGUGCAAGAUAGAAUCUGUGCGAAUUGUGCAGUGUGUGUGUUCAUGUGCAUGCUUGUAUGUGUUCUUGUGCUUGUGUGUGUUCUUGUGUUUGUGUGCAUGUGUGUGUUUGUGAAACCUGCGGUGUGUACCGAGCAGUGGCAUGAAGACAGCUUAUUAGGACUAUAAUCAGUCCUCGGAGACACAAUCAGCCUUUUGUUUUCGCAUCAUUUCUCUAAAAUGCCCAAUUAUAUACCGGUAUUUGUACAAUACAGCGCUUACAUUUCACAUUGUAGUCAUUCAGAGGAUGCUCAUACCUGUGCCGUUUGCACUGCAAACAUACUAAUAAAUGGUUUGAACAACAGUGCAAUAUAAAUAAAAUAUAAACACUUUCUUGAAGUGUUCAGUGUUAUGACUCAUGAACAAAUUCUUCACUAAACACUAUUUUAAGGGAAAACAUAAGUCAAGCAAUAUCAUUGUAUAAAUGACUGGUGUUACAUACUGUAUAUGCAUAUUACACUUGAGUUUCUCUGCUCCAGUUCUGGGGACAGCCACUGUGUGGGUUCUCAUUUCAACCAAUCACUUCUACAGCCUGAGUGCCAGUCUGUUUUUGUUAUCAUGUGCAAACAGAUCUGGGAGCAGGCUAUCAGUUAUGCCGGGCAUACAUUACACAACUUCUAAAAUCUUAACAACUUGGACGUGCUCACAUUUUGCGAUUUCCUUGUCCCAAAUCUUUCAUUCCGUCCACUCUCAAACCCAGGACGUGGGUGCUCACAUUACACAAUGAUACCCUAGUUGAUCCUUCCCUGCGUUUCUUGGUUGUCGUAGGAAAAAAAUGCAGACACGCAAACAGUGAGCUAAAAAAAAAUAUAUUAUGUGUAGAAACAUCAAAAAAUUGAUUUCACGGAGGUGCAGAAUAUGGGCUUAAUAUUAAAGAAUAACGAUAAUAUGAAAUUAUAUUUUUGGUUUCUGUCAUGGUAGGACGCAGAUGUAAUAUUGGUGGAGUUUGUUUUGCAUGGCACGGUGCCCCGGGUGGGUGGAUAUAUCACUCAAGGACCAAUGAAAUGUUCAAAAAUAAUAAAAUCCCGCCCAACCAGGGCAACGGGCCAUGUAAAACGAACUCGCACAUUGAAACGCAGCUGCGUUCUUUCCACAGCUCCACCAAUCUGUCUUCCAUCACCUCUGUACACACGGUGCGCGUUCUUGUUGCUUUCCUCUUCGCCAUCAUUGUUUUGGUCUCACAUGCUGCAUGCUCAUUGGCUAUUGGCAGCAGUCCUUGGCCAAUCGCAACGUAGCACUGCUCAUACUACAGCAUGACCAAACUACACGUGUCCCGAUGUACUGAUCCUAGCCCAAAUUCAUAGGAUUUCACCCCGAUCAUGAAAAUUCAUCUGGGACAGCAAAAAGGUGGCAAAUUCGUGACAAAAUCAUGUAGUGUAUGCCUGGCAUUACAGUAUAUUCUUUUAAUCAGAUAAAGAUAGUCAUGUUUGUUUUCUGUUUAAGGACCGAUUUCCGAGAUCCAGAUUAAGCUUUGUCCUGGACUAAAAGGAAUCCAGGACUAUACUUACUAUAGGCGAUUGUAGGUGAUUAUCAAUAUAUUUUAGUUGAUUGGUUUUGUUGAACUGUGCAGAUACUAAUUGUCUAACUCUGCUGGAGUCUUCACUGUAUUGGCCAUCGAGGCUGCGUCCUAUGCACUGCUUUAAAAAAUAAUGUAGCUAUAUAUAGAUAGAUAUCUGCUGCUUAUAUGUCUUGCAUUCCCAAACAAAUUCACAAAAGGGCAGUUUAGCCAAGCAGAAAUAAUGACAAUGUAAAGUAUGACCCAAAAGGACCAAUAAAAUAAAUAUAUUUUGUCUCUCUUUUCAAGGUGUCCCCCUUCCUCUCAGAGCUAGUAGCUAGGUGGAAAUUCAGUAGGGCCGGAAUGAUACCAGUUUCGCGAUACUCGUUAUUAUCAUGGCAAGGAAACAAAACACGAAGCAAAUUUAACUUCUUUAGGAAAAACAGCCCUAAUGUUGGAAACGAACAUAAUUUGUCACAUGUAUUUAUUUUCAAGCUAUAGCAUACAAUAUUUUACACACAGCAAGUUUUUAAAGAACCAAAGAGUUUGGUCUGCUUCGUGAUUUCAUUUUUGGUAUCUUCCCGGCCCUGAAAUACAGGGUUGCAAAGUCAUUCGAAAGUUUCCGCAACAAUUGCCAAACAACACUAGCCAAAAGAACACACGCAAUUGUGGAGCUGGCUAAUUGUAAUGCACACAUGGCAACAACCACCCUGACCACCUCUACUCAUUACCAACACUGUGCCGGGAUUCAAUCCAAGGCACAUUACAGAGCAGCGCACUGGACUACUGACAAUGUGCCUUUUAAAGGCAAUUUCACCUUUUUAAAAGGCAAUGGUUUGCAUUGUUAGUAUUUCCACUUGGCUAAACAACUCUCUGUUUGGGAAUUUGUUUGGGAAUGCAAGACUUAUAAGCAGCAGAUACACUAUAUACAGUGGGGAGAACAAGUAUUUGAUACACUGCCGAUUUUGCAGGUUUUCCUACCUACAAAGCAUGUAGAGGUCUGUAAUUUUUAUCAUAUCAAAAAAAUCAAGAAAAUCACAUUGUAUGAUUUUUAAGUAAUUCAUUUGCAUUUUAUUGCAUGACAUAAGUAUUUGAUCACCUACCAACCAGUAAGAAUUCCAGCUCUCACAGACCUCUCCUGGAGUGGCCUAGCCAGUCUCCAGACCUGAACCCAAUAGAAAAUCUUUGGAGGGAGCUGAAAGUCUGUAUUGCCCAGCGACAGCCCCGAAACCUGAAGGAUCUGGAGAAGGUCUGUAUGGAGGAGUGGGCCAUAAUCCCUGCUGCAGUGUGUGCAAACCUGGUCAAGACCUACAGGAAACGUAUGAUCUCUGUAAUUGCAAACAAAGGUUUCUGUACCAAAUAUUAAGUUGUGCUUUUCUGAUGUAUCAAAUACUUAUGUCAUGCAAUAAAAUGCAAAUUAACUACUUAAAAAUCAUACAAUGUGAUUUUCAGGAUUUUUGUUUUAGAUUCCGUCUCUCACAGUUGAAGUGUACCUAUGAUAAAAAUUACAGACCUCUACAUGCUUUGUAAGUAGGAAAACCUGCAAAAUCGGCAGUGUAUCAAAUACUUGUUCUCCCCACUGUAUAUAUACAGUGGGGAAAAAAAGUAUUUAGUCAGCCACCAAUUGUGCAAGUUCUCCCACUUAAAAAGAUGAGAGAGGCCUGUAAUUUUCAUCAUAGGUACACGUCAACUAUGACAGACAAAAUGAGAAAAACAUUUCCAGAAAAUCACAUUGUAGGAUUUUUAAUGAAUUUAUUUGCUAAUUAUGGUGGAAAAUAAGUAUUUGGUCAAUAACAAAAGUUUCUCAAUACUUUGUUAUAUACCCUUUGUUGGCAAUGACACAGGUCAAACGUUUUCUGUAAGUCUUCACAAGGUUUUCACACACUGUUGCUGGUAUUUUGGCCCAUUCCUCCAUGCAGAUCUCCUCUAGAGCAGUGAUGUUUUGGGGCUGUUGCUGGGCAACACGGACUUUCAACUCCCUCCAAAGAUUUUCUAUGGGGUUGAGAUCUGGAGACUGGCAAGGCCACUCCAGGACCUUGAAAUGCUUCUUACAAAGCCACUCCUUCGUUGCCCGGGCGGUGUGUUUGGGAUCAUUGUCAUGCUGAAAGACCCAGCCACGUUUCAUCUUCAAUGCCCUUGCUGAUGGAAGGAGGUUUUCACUCAAAAUCUCACGAUACAUGGCCCCAUUCAUUCUUUCCUUUACACGGAUCAGUCGUCCUGGUCCCUUUGCAGAAAAACAGCCCCAAAGCAUGAUGUUUCCACCCCCAUGCUUCACAGUAGGUAUGGUGUUCUUUGGAUGCAACUCAGCAUUCUUUGUCCUCCAAACACGACGAGUUGAGUUUUUACCAAAAAGUUAUAUUUUGGUUUCAUCUGACCAUAUGACAUUCUCCCAAUCCUCUUCUGGAUCAUCCAAAUGCACUCUAGCAAACUUCAGACGGGCCUGGACAUGUACUGGCUUAAGCAGGGGGGCACGUCUGGCACUGCAGGAUUUGAGUCCCUGGCGGCGUAGUGUGUUACUGAUGGUAGGCUUUGUUACUUUGGUCCCAGCUCUCUGCAGGUCAUUCACUAGGUACCCCCGUGUGGUUCUGGGAUUUUUGCUCACCGUUCUUGUGACCAUUUUGACCCCACGGGGUGAGAUCUUGCGUGGAGCCCCAGAUCGAGGGAGAUUAUCAGUGGUCUUGUAUGUCUUCCAUUUCCUAAUAAUUGCUCCCACAGUUGAUUUCUUCAAACCAAGCUGCUUACCUAUUGCAGAUUCAGUCUUCCCAGCCUGGUGCAGGUCUACAAUUUUGUUUCUGGUGUCCUUUGACAGCUCUUUGGUCUUGGCCAUAGUGGAGUUUGGAGUGUGACUGUUUGAGGUUGUGGACAGGUGUCUUUUAUACUGAUAACAAGUUCAAACAGGUGCCAUUAAUACAGGUAAUGAGUGGAGGACAGAGGAGCCUCUUAAAGAAGAAGUUACAGGUCUGUGAGAGCCAGAAAUCUUGCUUAUUUGUAGGUGACCAAAUACUUAUUUUCCACCAUAAUUUGCAAAUAAAUUCAUAAAAAAUCCUACAAUGUGAUUUUCGGGAUUUUUUUCUUCUCAAUUUGUCUGUCAUAGUUGACGUGUACCUAUGAUGAAAAUUACAGGCCUCUCUCAUCUUUUUAAGUGGGAGAACUUGCACAAUUGGUGGCUGACUAAAUACUUUUUUCCCCCACUGUAUAUAUAUAUAUAUACACAACAGUAUGUGGACACCCCUUCAAAUUAGUGGAUUCGGCUAUUUCAGUCACACCUGUUGCUGAGAGGUGUAUAAAAUCGAGCACACUGCCAUGCAAUCUCCAUAGACAAACAUUUGCAGUAGAAUGGCCUUACUGAAGAGCUCAGUGACUUUCAACGUGGGACCGUCAUAGGAUGCCACUUUUCCAACAAGUCAGUUCGUCAAAUGUCUCCCCUGCUAGAGCUGCCUCGGUCAACUGUAACUGCUGUUAUUGUGAAGUGGAAACAUCUAGGAGCAACAACGGCUCAGCUGCGAAGUGGUAGGCCACACAAGCUCACAGAACGGGACCACUGUAUGCAGAAGCACGUAGCGUGUAAAAAUCGUCUGUCCUCGGUUGCAACACUCACUACCGAGUUCCAAACUGCCUCUGGAAGCAACGUCAGCACAAGAACUGUUCGUCGGGAGCUUAAUGAAAUGGGUUUCCAUGGCCGAGCAGCCGCACACAAGCCUUUAAGAUCACCAUGCGCAAUGCCAAGCGUCGGCUGGAGUGGUGUAAAGCUUUCCUGUUUCAGCAUGACAAUGCCCCCGUACACAAAGCAAGGUCCAUACAGAAAUGGUUUGUCGAGAUCGUUGUGGAAGAACUUGACUGGCUUGCACAGAGCCCUGACCUCAACCCCAUCGAACACCUUUGGGAAGAUUUGGAACGCCGACUGCGAGCUAGGCCUAAUCGCCCAACAUCAGUGCCCGACCUCACUAAUGCUCUUGUGAAUGAAUGUAAGCAAGUCCUCGCAGUAAUGGUCCAACAUCUAGUGGAAAGCCUUCCCAGAAGAGUGGAGGAUAUUAUAGCAGGAAAGGGGGAUCAACUCCAUGUUAAUGGCAAUGAAUGAGUAGUUUGACGAGCAGGUGUCCACAUACUGUUGGUCAUAAAGUGUAUUUAAUGCAGCUAAACACAUUUUGAACGCAACUGCAUAGGUCCUAGGAUGUAGGAUCGACGACAAUACAGUGAAGUACUGUAUGUUGUCGAUUUAAAAUUGGCUAAACUGGAGUGAAAUUCAGCAAACACACUGGCUGCCACAGGACCAAUGAUGAGAAACUGAAUCUGUUACCAUCCUCAUAAGGAAAUGAAAUAAAUUGUUACCAGCACACUGUUGAAAGCUGUUCAACCGUGUGAAUCUAUGUUUCUUUCAUUGCUUGACUUUUUCUACCCAAGUUACUAGAUUUCUAUAUUAAUUAUCCUCAUAGGACCUAUUUUUUUUUCUUCUCUCUAUCUCUUGUUAAUGAUUGCCUUUUGACCCACCAUCCGUCCCCUGGCUCUGCAGGAGUUCUUCUAUGAGAUCUCCUUCACGGAGCUGUCCACCAAAACUCUGGAGGUCACCGUCUGGGACUACGACCUAGGGAAAUCCAACGAUUUUAUUGGUGAGUUGAUGACUAUGUCACCCACAGUCAUUAGUGGAAUUCUAGUCGUGGGCGGCCUGGUUGCCAAAUUGGGCCAGUUUCUUCAUUUUCUUAACCAAGGCCGGGGU